AUGAUACGAUGCAAUGCGUGGGCACUGAGAAGCCAGAUAGAGGAUCUCUGCACCAAUGCCAAGUGGAAAGGCAUGGAGGGUCAUGGCCCAAUAGCAGACUGUGUUCACCAGCAGCUGCAAUUCUUUCGUGUCAACAUGGCGGCAUCCAUGGCAUCACAGGCUAUUUCAAAAGGACUGCGAGCAGCAACUUCGAAGCACCUUUUUCUUGACAAAUUCAAGUGCACACGUCUGAGUCCCAGGAGAUGGCUGAACCUCCAAGAGUACCAGAGCAAGAAGUUGAUGCAGGAGAGUGGUGUGGCUGUUCAGCGAUUCUAUGUGGCUGAUACAGCCUCCGAGGCCCUGGAGGCUGCAAAGAGACUCAAUGCAAAGGAGAUUGUACUGAAAGCCCAGAUUCUCGCUGGCGGCCGAGGGAAAGGCGUGUUCGACAGUGGCCUUAAAGGUGGAGUGCACUUAACUAAGGACCCUGCAGUGGUUGGCGAGCUAGCCAAUAAGAUGCUGGGAUUCAACCUGACUACCAAACAGACACCUAAAGAUGGAGUUAAAGUAAAAACGGUGAUGGUGGCUGAGGCCCUAGACAUAAGCAGGGAGACCUACUUUGCCAUUCUGAUGGACCGUUCCUGUAACGGCCCAGUCAUGGUGGGCAGCCCCCAGGGAGGAAUGGACAUUGAGGAAGUAGCUGCUAGCACCCCAGAACUCAUCUUCAAGGAAGUCAUAGAUAUAUUUGAAGGUGUGCAAGAAGACCAGGCACUGCGCAUGGCAGCUAAUUUGGGUUUCAAAGGAACUCUGCAGAGACAGGCAGCAGAUCAGAUUAAGAGGCUCUAUGAUCUGUUCCUGAAAGUUGACGCCACUCAAGUCGAAGUCAAUCCUCUCGGAGAGACUCCCGAAGGACAAGUGGUGUGCUUUGAUGCCAAGAUCAACUUUGACGACAACGCAGAGUUCCGUCAGAAGGCGGUGUUUGCCAUGGAUGACAUGACCGAGAGCGACCCCACAGAGACAGAGGCAGCCAAGUGGGACCUCAAAUAUAUUGGAUUGGAUGGAAACAUCGCCUGCUUUGUGAAUGGGGCUGGGCUGGCUAUGGCCACAUGUGACAUCAUUGACCUGCACGGAGGGAAGCCCGCUAACUUUCUGGACCUGGGAGGAGGAGUCAAGGAGAAGCAAGUGUAUGAAGCCUUUAAGCUCCUCACCGCUGACCCGAAGGUGGAGGCUAUCCUGGUAAACAUCUUUGGGGGCAUUGUGAACUGCGCCAUCAUUGCCAACGGCAUCACCAAGGCCUGCCGUGAGUUGGAGCUCAAGGUGCCUCUGGUGGUCAGGCUGGAAGGGACAAACGUCCAAGAGGCCAAGAGGAUUCUGUCAGAGAGCGGGCUGCCCAUCACAUCAGCAGACAACCUGGAUGAUGCCGCCAGGAAGGCUGUGGCCGCCAUCAAGAAAUAGGCACCCUGACAUCAGCAACCUUUGACCCCACCCACCUCAACCACUAGGACAUCACCGC